AUGUACGCCGUCGGCCUCGAAGGCAGCGCCAACAAACUCGGCGUCGGCAUCAUCCACCACCCAUCCCCCCUCAACUCCAAAACCACCAAAAACUCCAGCUUCAUCCUCUCCAACCUCCGCCACACCUACCACUCCCCACCUGGCGCUGGCUUCCUGCCCAAAGACACCGCCCUCCACCACCGCUCACACGUCGCCAAACUCACCCUCGACUGCCUCCGGGAAGCCAACAUCCCCCUCUCCGCCAUCUCAUGCAUCUGCUACACCAAAGGCCCAGGUAUGGGCGCCCCCUUGCAGUCCGUUGCUAUCGCCGCUCGGACCCUCGCUCUGCUAUGGGACAAGCCGCUCGUGGGCGUGAACCAUUGCGUCGGGCAUAUCGAGAUGGGCCGCACGAUCACGCACGCGCAGAACCCCGUCGUGCUGUAUGUCUCUGGUGGGAACACGCAGGUUAUUGCCUACGCUAGCAAUCGAUAUCGAAUCUUUGGUGAGACGCUGGAUAUCGCUGUGGGAAACUGUCUCGAUCGGUUUGCGCGGACGCUCAAUAUCCCCAACGAUCCCGCGCCUGGAUAUAACAUUGAGCAACUUGCCAAGAAGGGGCGGCAUAUUCUCGACAUUCCCUAUGCCGUCAAGGGGAUGGAUGUGAGCUUCUCUGGGAUUCUUGCACGAAUGGACGAGUUGGCAGCGCAGAUGCGCGCCGGCACGCUGAAGAGUCCCGAAGGAGACGCCAUAACGCCAGAAGACCUCAACAAGUUUACAAGAGACUUUUAG